AAGAGAAAUAAGAAACUUCCUGUCCGGGAGAAAAAUGGCGGCUUCAGGAGCUGCAACUCCAAGCCGGCUGGUCCAGUACGUGGUUGUUCGCGCGGAUCUGGUCCAUAAGCUCUCGUGGCCCCUGGGGGCCGUGAUAACUCAGGCCUGUCACGCUGCCACAGCUGCCAUACACCUGCACUACACCGACCCGGACACACAGCGCUACCUGGCGGAGCUGGACUCCAUGCACAAAGUGGUGCUGGGGGCUCCAGAUGAGGAGGCCUUGUCGUCCCUUUCAGAGAAUCUGACUCAGGCUGGAGUUUCUCACAAGCUUUGGAUAGAGCAGCCUGAGAACAUCCCCACGUGUCUGGCUCUGAAACCCUAUCCUAAAGAGACUGUUCAGCCGCUGCUGCGCAAGUUCAAACUCUUCAAAUGACCAGGAG